UCCUAGCCUCCCUCCUGCCUGUGGGGGCUGUGCCCCUAUGGAUGCCCCGGUACAGAUUUUCCGGGAGGAGCCGGACUCCACUUGCCCCCCAGGGUCCUGUCAUCCCCCCAGCACCAGCAGCAGCUGGGUCCUGGGCUGGGUGGACUAUGACAGCAAUGCCACCGGGGCCUUCGGGGACACCCAGCACAACCACACCAGCAUCUCCCCUGCCAUCCCCAUCAUCAUCACUGCUGUCUACUCAGUGGUCUUCGUUGUCGGCUUGGUGGGAAACUCGCUGGUCAUGUUUGUCAUCAUAAGGUACACAAAGAUGAAGACAGCAACCAACAUCUACAUUUUCAAUCUGGCCAUGGCAGAUGCUCUAGUUACCACGACUAUGCCUUUCCAAAGCACUGAGUACCUGAUGAACUCGUGGCCCUUUGGUGAUGUGCUGUGUAAAAUAGUUAUUUCCAUUGACUAUUACAACAUGUUUACCAGCAUAUUCACACUGACCAUGAUGAGUGUUGAUCGAUACAUUGCUGUGUGUCACCCUGUGAAGGCUCUAGACUUCCGUACACCUCUCAAAGCGAAGAUAAUCAACAUCUGUAUCUGGCUACUGUCCUCAUCUUUUGGCAUAUCUGCCAUAGUUCUUGGAGGUACCAAAGUCAGGGAAGACACUGCUAGUACUGAAUGCUCCUUGCAAUUCCCUGACAAAGAUUAUGUGUGGUGGGACCUCUUCAUGAAAAUCUGUGUCUUUGUCUUCGCAUUUGUUAUUCCAGUUCUCAUUAUAAUUGUUUGCUAUACUCUGAUGAUCCUGCGCCUUAAAAAUGUUCGGCUUCUCUCAGGGUCUCGAGAAAAAGAUCGAAACCUGCGUCGCAUCACCAGGCUGGUGCUUGUGGUUGUGGCAGUUUUUAUUAUCUGUUGGACUCCUAUUCACAUUUUUGUGCUGGCUGAAGCAUUAGGGGAUGUGUCCCACAGUACUGCUGCUGUAUCCAGCUAUUACUUCUGUAUUGCUUUGGGUUACACCAACAGCAGCCUCAACCCGAUUCUGUACGCUUUUUUGGAUGAAAACUUCAAGAGAUGUUUCAAGGACUUCUGCUUCCCCUUUAAGAUGAGGAUGGACAGGCAGAGCACCAGCAGAGUCAGGAACACUGUGCAAGACCCGGCAUAUAUGAGGGAAGCAGAUGGGACGAAUAAGCCUGUAUGACUAGUCGUGGAAAUGUCAUCUUACUGUCCUCAAGAGAGAGAAGAGUCCAACGACCUGGGACUCACACAGAUUACCACUGCAGUUUGAACUAGACUACUGACAAAAAAGAACCUCCUGAACUUAAACUCAAAUGGAAAGGACCUGGCUGAUGAUCAGGUUUUGGCACAAUGUUUGUUGUACUUCAGUAGGUACUAACACAAAUUUCUGGGAGGAGGAUGUAGUGUUGUACCUGCUGUUUCUGGAUAAUGGAAGUUCUGGCUUUUCCCUUUACAAUAUGAAAAGUCAUACUGAACAACAUUGGGUCAUAACACUGAGUUAUGCCAGAAACUUUUGCCCCAACAGUGAUUGCAUCUGAACUAUGUAGCUUGGCAAUUUGAUUGGUCCUACUGUUUUACA